ACAAAGCUACUAAAUUUAGCAAGGGGGUUUUACGUUUGUUUUUCAACAAAUAGUAACAAUCUUGUUCAUUGCACAAUAUUUAUUCUACAACCAAAUAUAUAUACACAAGUACAACUAUUGCAGGUGACAAAAACGAUAAAAUCACUUAAAAGAUGGCAUGUGGUGAUCAAAGAACAAUUCCAGACAUCAAAUAUGAGUAUCUCGAUCAUACAGCUGAUGUGCAGUUGCAUGCAUGGGGAGAUAAUUUAAAAGAAGCAUUUGAACAAUGUGCAACAGCCAUGUUUGGUUAUAUGACAACAGACUACAGUCGUGUAGAAAUGACAGAUACACAGGAAAUAGAAGUGGAAGCUGAUGACAUGGAAAAUCUGUUAUUUCACUUUUUAGAUGAAUGGCUGUUUUUAUUUUCUGCUGAACCCUUCUUUAUCCCUAGGGUUGUUGAAAUAACAGAAUUUGAUAAAGAAAAUUUAAAACUGAAGUGUAAAGGGUAUGGAGAAGAAUUUGAUAUCUCAAAACAUCCUCAGGGAACAGAAGUAAAAGCCAUCACCUAUUCUAAUAUGCAGAUUUAUGACGGAGAAAAACAUGAAGUUUUUGUCAUUAUUGAUAUUUGAUGAAUGUUGUAAAUACAUUUUGUAAUAAACAUAUGGCUGUAGGUUGCAUAUAAUUGCAAACUUCAUUUGAACUCUAGUGGCUAGUUGUCUGAUUGGCAAUCAUGCCACAUCUCCUUAUUCUUAUAUUCACAAUUUAUUUUCAUAAAAAAAAACAAGUUAUUAGUAUAUUUACUAAAUCACAUUGAAAAAUACAAGUGUUGACCAUGUGCAAUUCGCAUAUAGCAUAUUAAAUUAUAAGUCUUGUACCUUUGAUGAAGUUUUACAUGUUCUUCAUUAAUUCAUUAGUUCAGGAAGCAUCUUUUUAAGAGAGGAUUCCUGAUUUUUUUGACAAAUUAUGCAUUAAACAUCUAAAAAGAAUGGUAUAUAUAUGGAGCAGUUAUACUUAAAUUUCGUACUAAUUUGGAUUUUAGACCAAAUUCAACAAGACAAAGUUCCUAGUUUUAUUCCAUAUUAUUGCAACCAAUCAUUUUAUUCUUUGUUUCCGCUCAUACAAAAAGACUUAUUUAAUUGGUUACAAAGAACUACUGUGGUAUCCGAGUAAAAUAGAAAUAAUUCUUUAUAAAUAUGAUCAGUUCACAUCUCUAAGUCAUACAACAAUGGGUGUUGUCAAGACUGUUGAUGAAGUUGCAUCAAAAAGAAUUAAGAAUGCUUAGAAAAAGAUAUAGCUCCAUUUAUUUUCUACUAUAUUUACAUAAAAGUCCAUGAUAUAAUCAAUUAAGAUAAAAACCAAUUCACGAAUUCAAAUAUCGAAAACAUUCAAUGUUUGAACGCACAAUACUGAUACUUACCUCAUGGGCUACAUGUAUUCCUCAAUUUAUAUGUUGUCCAUUCACUCAUCGAAUAUAUUUUUUCUAUAUUUGAAUUUUUGGAUUAGUUAUUCUAUAGUUGACUCUCAUGCUACCUAUAUUUAAUUUGAAACAAUCAUUUAUAAAUGGCAUGUGCCUGUUUUGUAAUGCUUAGAAGAGUUUAGAAGCCUAUACCAAAGUAUGUACGUUAUGUGACAUCUUAAAUGGUUAAUAACAACAAGUUCCCACUCAAAUUAUUAUUAACCUGAUCUGUAUAGUUUCAGUUAAAUUUAAUCUCGCCUGUCCAAAAGAUUGCUCUAACUGGAGGAUCAUAUUGUUUAACACAUAUUAGGCAUCACAUUAAUAAAUGUUUUUAUACGACCGCAA